AUGACAUGGAAUAUGGAGGUGGAGGAAGUUGAGGGGACGCUUGAGAAGAUCUGGGACCUCCACGACCGGAUCAGCGACGCCAUCCACGCCGUCUCCAGGGCACACUUUCUGAAUUCCGUCAGGGCUGCGGAUGCUGGCGUUAGAGGCCUCGACGAGAAGAAGUAUCCAAAGGCCGGGUUCGGAGGCGGCGGUGGGGACGAUGGGAAGGAUGGUUACGUGUUCGUGAAAGGCUUCAAGCUAGAGGAGGACGCCUCCGCCGUUGCGGAUGUGAGGAGCCUUAAUGGCAUCAGAACUGCUCUCGAGGACCUCGAAGAUCAGAUCGAAUUUUUCCACGUAAAAUCAUCGCUCCCCUACGAGUGUUUCUUCCUUCCGAUCGUUACCCCUCCCUUCUUUCUAUCUUUCUAUCUUUCUAUCUUUCUCUGUCUCUCUCUGUCUCUCUCGUUGUCGGAUGUCGUGGAUUUCAUCAUUGAUCUUUCCUUUCUAUGCUUGGGCAAAUACGAAUAGUAUCUUGUCGGUUUUACCGUCCCGAUUUGUUUGGCUAUUUUUUGUGUGGCAUUUGCAUUGUCACGGUUGAAAGAUUUUCCAUACUUUCGACAUCCAAUGAUUGCCAACUCUCGAUCGGCAAAAUAAGUCCAGCAACACACUUCGCGAACACUUCUAUUAUGCCUGUGUGAUUCCUUCACUGUGAUUUUUUGUACAAAUCAUGCCAACAAUUAUUAUGAUGAAAAUUAUUUAGUUAGUAUCUCAGAGCUGUAUUUUUUGUUCUAAGCUGUUGUACUUAAGAAGAACCUUGUUUUCUUCUAACCUAUUUGGAAAGAACUAAAAAGAAAAAAACUGGGAAAAAUAUUUUCUCUAUCCCUGGUUCUAAGAGUUCCUAAAAAAACGAGAAAAUGGUUUAUAAAUUGCUUCGGCACAAAUGAAUAAACGAUCUCUCAAACGCAUAAAUGGUUAUGAGAUUAACCACUUGAAAUAUCCUAGCAUGCUUUACUUGUCCGUGAAAAAAUGUUCAAGAGACCGUUACGCGUGAUUUUUUGCGCUUAUGAGAGUUUGGACGACUCAAAUCUCAAUUAUUUCAGAGAUUUUCGUAGGCAGAUGAUUUGGUACUGUUUUCUAUCGUGGAAUCUAUUCAAUUGAACAAGAAUCAAGUUGCCAACCUAUCGUAACUACUAUAGCCAAAAAAUUCAAUCGAGUUGCAAGCUUAUCAUAAAUUAGAAGCUUAUUAUCUUCUCACUAGUUUGUUUACGGCUAAGACCAUGGCGAUAUGAAAUGCACAAUGGAAAUGGGCAAGGAGACCCUCAUGCUUUUAGGUUCCGCGCUAAAUUUGUGCUGGAUUUUUAAUGAAUAUUGAAUUAAUGUUGAUUAAAAUUAUGUAUACUACGUUCAUCUAAUAUUUUCGUCAGUCUGAAACAGAACAGAGGUCGAUGGAUCCCCAUUGUGCGGUGAACUAGCAUAUGCACAACCAAAAACCUGAAAGUUCAAUUUACAUGAAUAAUUUAAUUAUGUUUCUGAUUUCACAUCUGCGCUCUGAUGGCAUUUUCCUUUAUGGACUUUACCCCAUUGAAGUUAUAAUCCCUCAGAAAAAGUGUUGUGUUUGAUAUCUCAAAGAUCCUUUUAGUUUCUUCAAUGUUAUAUACGAAUAGCAUCAAUGCCACAAGGGCAUAUUGGGCUAAAAUAUGACAUGGUUAGUGAUAUAUAUAUACUUGCAGAUCAUAAUUUUCGGUAAAAUUUGGAAAACAAGGUGUUGAUUAGGUGCCUCACCAAAGUAGGACAUCACCUUUCUUAUCAUAGUUUUCCCUGACAACAACGAUGCACACACACUACAUAUAAAUAGAUGUAUAUAUAAAUAUGCAUCCUUUGGUUGAGCGUAUGCGCUCAUGAAUAAAAAAAUGUAUAUGUACAUGCAUAUAUUAUAUGCACACGCACAUUUAUUUAUUUCUAUAUCUAAAUCUUUCAGAUAGGAAUAUGCAUUCAUGAUUCUUUUUACAUAGAGUGAUUUUAUUUUUAUUCACAAGGAUAUGUAUGGCAUGAUUGGGAGGCUUAGAACUGCUUUUCCUGAGACUGAAUCACGAUCCUGAACGUAUCAGACCUAGUCUAAGACAAUAAGAAUAAUAUCCCCGUUGUAAUUGAUGCUGUAUGUAGAGAUAAAUGAUUCAUUUUUAUCACAAAUUAUAAGUUACUAUCCCGGACACCUUCCUCGUAGAUAUGAGUGAUUCGCGAUGAUUUCACAUCUCGCUUUCAAGAAAUGUUUGUCAACAUAAAAGGAACACUCUUCCCAAAUCUCAAGGUGGAAAACAACCAAAGACUCUACCUCAGGUGAACCAAUCAUACCUCCUCACACAAACUGCUUCCUCAUCUCUUGGCGGAAAAUCAUGCCAGGGGAACUACCCACAAAACCUGUAUGAGGAUUCAUUGUUCUUGAGUUAUGACUGACUGCUCGUGGUACUCGGGCUGAUCUAAAGUUGUAAGUCUAGAAGAGAUCAACUAAGUGCUAAUUUUGUAGGCCUCUUUAGGUGAAAUCUAGCUGAGUUCCUUGGUUUUCACAUUAGUUCCCUCAAGAUUUAGUGAAAUUUAAUGGUGUGGUCCUCUGUGAUUGUAGGCAAAAUAUCGCUACAAUCUUUUGGGGUGAUCAAAUCAAGCAAAGGUCUAAGACCAAAAAUUCAUGGGAAAUCUUAAAAAGACCAUGUAACCACCAUCAAAACACACUCACACACCCCACACAAUUCACAGUACGCUUUCGUGAUUACUUUUGUUUCGUGUUCUCUUGGACUUUCCUAAGGAAAAAUGUUGUGUAGUUGGGCUACCUGAAUAGCCAUUUGAAACAGACUCCAGACUGUGUAUGAUGAUCGUAGGUUCUCUAGCACUUUCACAUGAACACCAUUAGUUUUCAAGACAGACACCUCCACGUGGAUCCCAUUUAUGGAUUGUGCGUUUUCUGUUUUUUGAAUCUAUCUGCAAUAAUAUUUUGACAAAAAUGACGAUUUAAUUGGUAAUAGCUAGUUAUUUGACUACGCCAAUUUCUCCUCCAGAUCAUUACUUAUAGUUUUUUUUCUUCUAAAUUAGACUGUACAGUCACAACAACAAACCGAGCGAGAUGCUGUGAUUGCGAGGCUGGAGCAAAGUCGUAUACUUCUUGCAAUGAGACUCUCCAAUCACCAUGGAAAGAAGUACAAGGUAAUUGAAGAAGCUCUGGCAUUUGUCGGCGAUGUAUCAGAUGAUGGCUGCUUCAUCUCACCUGAGUACCUGUUUCAAAGUCAACCCUGUGAUAAUCUAAGCGUCAACCGAGAGAAGAGGUCGACAAGCCUGAUGGACAUGCUGGUGUCCAACAUCACACUAGCCAAGAGGUCCCUCAGAUUGGAUAAAUUUGGAGAAAUUCUGGGAAAUGCCACCUUGUUCGCCGUCAGCAUGCUCGUUCUGCUGCAGCUUAAUCGUGUCGCCAUCAGCAAGGAACAGAGUUUGUGCCGUGGAGGGGACGAAGAUUACAAUUCUGAUCUGGGGAGCACCUCUCGUGGCGACCAUGUGGACAAAUUAGAUGUAUGGGCUGCCAGAGGAUGA